AGUGUCCCUGACGCAACCCUAAGUGAGCACCAGUUGCAGUGUUAUGAUAAUCCUCCUAGAUAAAAUUUUUAUUUCUUUGAGAAAAGUCGUCAGUGAUCAACUUUAUUUUCUAUGUGAAUAUGAAGAUAAGAUUGUUGAUUGCAUAGAAAUUCUGUGAGAUUGUUUUUGCUUAUGGUGAGGUGUGAGGUGUUUAUAAACACAUACUUUCGACGCAUUUAUUUAAACAUUCAGUGUUUGAUUUUUUUAAUUGAUUGCUAAUAUGGAUGUAGAGUUUCCAGUGCUACAAAAUUCUAGUCUCUACCAAAGAAGGAUCUCCACGAACCCAUGGAUACUUCCGGUAAAAGUGAUAAAACUGUUUAUUCUGGGAAUACUGGUACCAUGCUUAUUAAUAACAAUUCCCUUGUACCUGAGAUAUCGGGUCUACAGCCAUCAAAUGUAUCCUCUUGCAAUGUCAGAUAUGAGAUUGAUCGAUAAUAAAGUUUCUACAACUUGGUGCCAGAGGCAAAGAGUUAGUGUCAAUGCCACUUUCAACGCUUUUUUAUUGUCGAAGACUCCUGAAAUGUCUACGGAUAAAAAACCAAUGUCUAUGGUUCGAGAACUAUCCCUAGAAGAUGACACCAAGGAGUAUUGGGGAUUUUAUUUAUUGAAAGGGACUUCUGUGACCGUAUCAACAUGUGUAAGGUGGCCUGGAGCGUCCCUUAUUAUGAUCCGAGGUCACAAACAUCUUCAUGAAUGCGCCUAUAUUGGAGACAACUCUUCCGAAGAGCUUGAAGAGCAAAUGGAGGCGAUUCGUGAGAACGCCUUUGUCGAUUCGGACGAGAAAAAAGCUGACCAACCCGCAAAUAAUCCAGAAGAGAUGAAACGGCACAGGCCUGAAGUUAAAUUCCACAGUGAAAUGCAGCAGAACUACAGUAAAAGGCUAGAGCAGAGUAUUGAUAAUAUAGAAGUUACGGAUUGGAAAGAUAUGCGAGCUGUUCUUCUAGCAUUACAAGAAAAAAGCAAAAAUUAUAAAAGUAAACUACCCCAGUUGAACAAACAGCACGUACAUAGAAACUCAACCAUUGCAGUGGAUGAAACUAAAAAUUUUAAAAUAGAUAAACCAAAAAACCAAACGUCAUCUGAAGAAGCUUUGGAUGAUAUCAUGUCAAGGUUAACCAAAAUGGGCGAAAAAGGAACAAGAGUGCUAGAAAAAGUGAAUAACAAAUAUAUGAGUAAGCCAAAAGAACAUGUGUUGGAUAUCAAAGCUAGGCAUUAUUCAAAACCGGCAGUCGUUUUUGAAAACGUUGACCAAGCGAGGAAGAAACGAGAAUUGGUACUCGAACAAGCCUUGGCUAAUAAUGAAGAUGAUGAAGAACAUGAUUUAGCCCUUGAAGAAGAAUUCCAUCCUGAUGGAAUAGCCGAUCAUCGAGGAACAUUUAAUGAGACUUCCUUAAAUGACAUGAGCAACAGUGAAUUUUGGUCGUCAUUUUCUAGUUCAGAAGAAGCUUUACUAAAUUGUGCGGGCUUGAUAUUAAGUUUACCGCUUCUACCUCAUAGAAAAUGUGUUCGAGAAUAUGUGGACGAAGAAAGUUCUAGAGAUAACACUAUUUCGUAUAAGGUACCUCUCAAUGGAUACUAUUUCUUUGUGUUCAAUAGUGAAAAUGAAGUACAAACCAACUAUGUUCGAGUCCAAUUCGACAUCGAGAAAACUGUUUACAACAUCUCUAACCCAGUUGCCGAAUGUAUUAAUGCUUCUGACACGUGCACUGUUGACUUGAACUUUUUUUCAUCAGAAAAGUUAGUAAUGGAACUUCCAUUAGUAGAUAACGAAUCUUUAUUUAAUGAAGAAUAUAUCGUCCUAUCGGAAUGUGAACCUAGAAGCUCGGUCUAUGCGGUUUUUGUGAUACUUGUACCUAUAUUGGUGAUAUUUUUUGCGUUUUCCUGAAGCUGACAUUCUAUUGAAUUAAAUUGAAUUGAACUAGUCAUUUGUUACAAAGUACAAAUUGAUGAAAUUGUUGUGAUAGUAUUUUGUGAUUAUGCAAUAGUGUGCUGUAUUAACUUUUUAAUGGAAACUUAUAUUUAUAUCAUAUUGACAUUUAAAACAAUAUUUAUUACUUGACACUAAAAAUGUAUACCUUAUACUAACCUUCUACCAUAGUAAUUUCUCUAUAUUAUUCCGUUAUCUGGAAUUUCAUCCCAGGUUCUCAGUGGACUGUCAACUUGUUCGACAAGUUUCUAUACUAAAAGCCACAGCAUUGUUUAUAUAGGGAUAGUUGGUCAGCCCAAUAGGAAAAUUUGUUAGAUUCAAAUUGAGACAGUCACCGGAUGUCCCCACAAUUUCUGUCAGGGUCGCAACGUCAAAAUGCAUAGACACCAACUGGAUACGAUCCUAUUCAUAAAACCCAAACUCGCAUACAUUUGAAGAAAAAUAAAUAUAUAUGGAAGAAAAUAUUUAGAAAUUGAAUUAAUGAUGUCAUGCUAUUAUAUAUACAGGGUGUCCCGAAAAGAUAGGUCAUAAAUUAUACCACAGAUUCUGGGGUCAAAAAUAGGUUGAUUGAACCUCACUUACCUAUAUACAAUAGUGUACACAAAAAAAGUUACAGCCCUUUGAAAUUACAAAAUGAAAAUAGAUUUUUUUUUCAUAUAUCAAAAACUCUUAGAGAUUUUUUAUUGAAAAUAGACAUGUGGCAUUUUUAUGGCAGCAACAUUAAAAAAAAAUUAAAGUGAAAUUUGUGCACCCCAUAAAAAUUUUAUGGGAGUUUGGUUCCCUUAAACCCCCCACCCCCCAAACUUUUGUGUACGUUCCAAUUAAAUUAUUAUUGCGGCACCGCUUGUUUAACACAAUGUUUUCAAAACUUUUUUGCCUCUUAGUACUUUUUCGAUAAGCCGGUGUUUAUCGAGAUAUUUUGAAUAUUUGUCGAAUCUACCACAUAUUUGCAAUAUGGUUAAGUACGAUUGUAGAGACCUGUUAAUAAUCUGAAAAUUUAUAUAUAAUUUGCACUUUUGGGUAUAUUUUGAAAAAGAAGCUACAUCUCGAUAAAACGUGACUUAUCAAAAAAGGACAGAGACAAAAAAGUUUUAAAUUCACCGUGUUUAACUAAUGAUACCACAGUAAUAGUUUAAUUGGAACGUACACAAACAUUUGGGGGGUUUAAAGGAACAAAACCUCCAUAAAAUUUUUAUGUAAAUAUAUUAAAAAAGAAGCCGCAUCUCGAUAAAAACUGGCUUAUCGAAAAAAUACCAGGAGGCAAAAAAGUUUUAAAAAUGUUGUGACUAAUGGCAGCACAAUUAUGAAAUUAUUGGAACGUACACAAAAGUUUGGGGGGUUUAAAGGAACAAAACCCCCAUGAAAUUUUUAUGGGGUGGAAAAAUUUCACUAUAAUUCUGUUUUAAGAUGUACCUGCCAUAAGAAUAAUACAUGUCCAUUUUCAAUAAAAAAUCUCGAAUAGUGUUCGGUAUAUUGAAAAAAAUCGAUUUUCAUUUUGUAACUUCAAAGAGCUGUAACUUUUUUUAUGAGCAUAUUUGUACUAAGGUAAGUUAGGUUCAAUCGAACUAUUUUUGACCCCAGAAUGUGUGGUAUAAUUUAUGACCAAUCUUUUCGAGACACCCUGUAUAAUGUAUAGUAUAGCAUGACAUCAUUAAUUCAAUUUCUAAAAGUACUCUUCUAUAUAUACUUCGUCCAAUUUACUUACCGUUGCACGUCAUCCGCGUCAUAGCUUGUAACAUAAUACCAACACGAAAUAUUUAGGCGGUAGGUGUGUUCUUGAUGACGUGCAACGGUAAGUAAAUUGGACGAAGUAUAUUUAUUUUUCUUAAUAUGUAUGCGAGUUGGGGUGUUAUGAAUAGGAUCGUAUCCAACUUGGUGUCUAUGCAUUUUGACGUUGCGACCCUGACAGAAAUUGUGGGGACAUCUGGUGACUGUCUCAAUGGCAGCUAUGUACGCCGUUGCUCCCGCUUGGCGGCGCUGGUAUAGUUAGAGGGGGGGUCAACGUUUUGACAAUUCGUGAAAUUUGUAUAUGGUGUCUUUGUUUACGAUUUAAUAAAUAAUAAAUUAUGGCAGAAAUAUACGGAUCUUGGGACUGUUUGUACGUUGAAAAACGAAUUGAGGAGAAGGAAUGUGAGAACUGGAAAAAAGGAAGCGCUUUAACAGCCUCCACUGUUUAUAUAGCCAUCUAUUUCCUAACUGCCCUGUCCCAGUUUCUUAGUCUCUUGUUGCCACAAGAUCAAAUUUAUAUUUUUUGGCUUCGUUUACUAGAUGCUUCAGUUUCCCUUCCUGGAAUGAUUUACUUAUAUUCCACGUUGCUAUUUUAACUAUGUAGUUCUUCUUUAUUGUCAUUAUCUCAUUUAUUAUUUUUCGAUUCUUGUUUCCGUUUUCUUUGCUGGGUCAUCUUUGUUGGGUCUCCAAAUACUGCAUUCAAUUCUAGUUUUUUGUUAUGUCUUCCUCUAUUCUUUCCAGCUGUUCGUUUUCUUUAUUCCAUUUCCAUAAUUCAUUGUUUAUUGUCUGUCUUUGGUAUCCUGCUAUUUCUUUUGAUUUUCUCUUCCUUAGCAAUUCUUAUUUUGACCAUUAUUUCCCUAUCCGUCCUUCGUCAGAUCAUCAUUUAUGCAUAUUCUUUCUCUCAGUUGCUUGAGUUUUAUCUUAUUUUGCAUUACUUUGGUCUUUUCUGUCUUGCUAUACGUCUCUACCAAAUAUAUUUUGUCUCCCAGAUUUCUUGCUUCAUUAACGUUUACUUUUACUCGCAUUUCCUUUUCUAUGAAUUUUUCUACCUCCUACACUAGCAAGAGUGGUUGAUCGGUGUCAAUCUGCAGUUCUUGAAUCACAAUAUUUUUCCUUCUUCCCUCUCUUUCUAAUUUUUGUACUCUUUCGUUGGAGAUCUUUAAUUCAUUUCGUAAUUGAUUAAUACCUUGAAGCGCCUUUUCAUUAAUACGUUUCAGUUCUGGAGAGUUACUGGAAAAAAGGAAGCCCUUAUCGAAGGGUAAGCUAUAUUAAUCAUCGUCUUAAUAUUUUAUUUCUAUAGCUCAGACCAAAAUAAAAAUAUUUAUGUUGAUCUGAGUUUUAUAGUGAAGUAUUCGAUUUUUUACAGUCGAAACCAGGGGCAAUACGUAAUCUAUUUCAACAAAAUGUUUAUUGUAGAUACGUGCAUUUAUUGUCGGUAGAUAUUUAUCCCUUCUUAUUGCUACAAUCCACUUUUUUCUCAUCAGAAUAUCUUUGGGAAACCUGUAUCCUGAUGUUCUCAAUAAGCACAAAGGCACAUCACAACAUUGAGGCAUUUUAUUUUCUCAAAUUAAAUUCACACAGCGAAACAAAUAUGCAAUAUUUACUAAGAAAUAGAUUGAUUUGAAUAGUUGACUCAUCUACGUUGAGCUUUCCAGAUUGGCUGCCAUUUGAAUCAAACAUAUUUACCUAUUGGGCUGACCAACUAUCUCCCUAUAUAAACAAUGACCACAGUUAGUAUACAGUGCAGGUAGAAUAGAGCACUGUAUUUCUUACGGGAGAACGGUGGUCGACUACGUUGCCGGUUUUCUCAGAACCGGUGAUUUCUCAGUCUAUCGCAAAACUACCACUGUGCCUACAUGAGCGGCUUCGCGGUGCGUCGUAGGGCCAACACUGCAUUCUAACAGUUAGAAUCUAACUAUGGCUUCUACUUUAAGUCCCUGUCAGAGUGCAAUUACUUGGAAAUCUAGAACAUCUGCUUUUUAAAACAAUGUGGAAUCAUCAAGGCUAGACAGGUUCGGUGACGUCAGGACAGAGACACUUGCAACGUCGGUUCAAAUAUAUUUCGUGUGUUAUUUUUAGUUUCUAUGGUUUGUUUUUAAACCAGGAGGAGUAAACUAAAAAGAGAGAUUCGCACACAAGAAAGUCACUAGAAAAAUCACCAAUAACAUCUUCUUUUUUGGUUGAUCAUGUCGGGUUUCGACGAUAAUCCAUAAAUAUUAUAUUAUACUAAUACGUCGCCAUCGCUAAAGAGUUCUAAAAACAGCUGCUGUUUUUUUAUAUAAAAGCAGACUAAAAAUUUAAAAAUUAAAGGAAUAGCGCAGAAAAUACAAAAUAUCGAUGAUAUAACUUAUUAACCUAUUAAAUAUCAUUAGUGUCAAAAUUUCAUAAUAGUGGAGUAAACUUGCCUAUGAUUGAACCAAUUACAAAUAAGCAUUACGGCGCGGUAAAUUUGAAUUACUCCUCCUGGUUUAAAAACAGAGCAUAAUAGAGAUUAAGGUAUAAUUAAAUAAAUGUAUUGAUUCAGUGAAUCUUAGAUUAGUUGAAAAUAAAAUAUAUUUUAGUACUAUU